AUAAUAAUAAAAAACACAUCUUAUUCAUAGUCGUCCCACUUGACUGCUGAUUUAUUAUCUGUUCCCGAAAUCACUAUUUUAUUCAAAACUUUUUCUUCCAAUAUUUCUUCUAUCUAUCUUACCCUUUGUAUAUUUCUUCUCUCCUUCCAUUCACGCCAUUCUGAUAAAACUCCUAGUCCACCACUCUUCAGUCUCUUCUUUUAUCUUCCCCAUCCCUCCUCUGCUGCCCUAUCAGUAGUUUCUCAGUACUAGUCUCCACCUUUUAACUACUUCUCCCCAUUCCUUUUUCCCUUUUCCUCUCAAUUUCUAAUAACUUAAUCUUUAUAUAUAUAUAUAUACACACACACACACAUAAACAUAGGCUAAUAAAGCUAGUGCUAAUGGAUAUGGAGCACUUAAAGUCAGAGGAACAGAUGGAAAUGAUGAUGAUGAUUCAAAUGGACAAACUUCCGGAGCUGUGCGGAGCCUACAACGACGUCGCAGAGUUGCCUCCGGAUUUUUCUGGUGCAACUACAGGCAGCAGUAGCAUCAAUACUACGGUGUCAAACUACAUAGAAAACCACCCUCAUCAUGUAGCUUCGCCGUCGUUCAUGAACCUCCCGUCCACCACCAUAUCAUUCACCAAUGCCAAUCCUGUUCAACAACCUUCCUCGUCAUCACCAAGUCCAACAACAACAGCAGCGCAACCUUUUUUAUCAAAUCCUAAUGCCUUUUCUACGAAGCGCAACUCUAUGGCGGCGAUGAGGGAGAUGAUUUUCCGGAUUGCGGCCAUGCAACCGAUACAUAUCGACCCGGAGUCGGUGAAGCCGCCCAAGAGGAGGAACGUCAAGAUAUCUAAGGAUCCUCAGAGCGUAGCCGCGCGGCAUAGGAGAGAGAGGAUCAGCGAGAGGAUUAGGAUACUUCAGAGACUUGUACCUGGAGGUACUAAAAUGGACACGGCUUCCAUGUUGGACGAGGCUAUUCACUAUGUCAAAUUUUUGAAGACUCAGGUUCAGUCACUUGAGAGGGCUGCGGCUAAUAGGCCAUCUGGGAUUGGAUUCCCCGUGGCUAUGUCCACCGGCACUUAUCUUCCUUCCAUGGGAAAAGCAUACCAGGCUCCCCAAAACGUCGAGCAUUUUGGAGAUGCUUAAUUAAUUUAUAACUCCAUCUGAUCAGAUAGAGCAGUACUAGUCGAUAAAUUGAUUGUGAUUUUGUUUAGUGGUAAUUGUUUGUGGAGUUGUGAUAAGAAACAUUCAUGGCUUGUUAUAUAUAUUAUAUGUAUAUAUAUUGUCCAACUAUAUAUAUAUAUAUAUAUGUAUCAUAAACUUGUAGAAUCCAUGUUUCUAUUUGACAUUGA